AUGGCAGCUCGGAACGUCAGUGUUCUCAUCACCGGAGCCAACCGAGGCCUGGGCCUGGAGAUGGUUAAGCAAAUGGUGCAGUGCCAGCACCCCAUGAAGAAGGUGUUUGCAUGUUGCAGGGAUCCGGAUGGACCCAGGGCUGAGGCCUUGCAAGCUCUGGCAAAGAAACACCCAGACAUCAUCAAAGUCAUCCAAAUGGACACUGCUGACCUUUCUAGCAUAAAACAGUCAGCCCAGCAGGUGGGCUCUCUGGUGGGGACGAGGGGUCUCAACCUGCUGAUCAAUAAUGCAGGGAUGCUGAUUAAAUCCAUCAUGCAGGAGACCAGUGCUGAGGACAUGCAGACUACUUUCAACACUAAUGUCACAGGCCCCAUGAACAUCAUGAAAGAGUUCCUGCCUCACCUGCGAGCUGCAGCAAAGGCCAGCGCCAUGCCUGGGAUGUCCUGCAGCAAAGCAGCCAUUAUCAACAUUUCCUCACUUCUGGGUUCAAUGGCAGCUGUUAAAGAGACGUAUGGCUUCUUUCCUGCAAUCUCCUACCGUGUCAGCAAGGCAAGUUUGAACAUGCUGACGCUUUGCGCUGCAGAGGAGCUGAAGAACGAUGGCAUCCUGUGCGCAUCGCUGCACCCUGGAUGGGUCCGCACCGACAUGGGUGGAGAAGAGGGGGAGAUUGAUGCUCCAGAGAGUGUACAGGGCAUGAUGAAGGUGAUGGCCUCGCUGACUGAGCAGCAGAAUGGAGCCUUUCUGGAUUUUAAGGGCGAGUCUAUCUCCUGGUAACCAGCUGAUGUCUGCUUUUUUUGUUUUUUUAAUUUUCCAAAAAUGACAAACUACCAGGACCUAAUGACCAUAAAUGAAAAGUCUUGACCUUUUUCUACCACCAUCAGCAUAUAACAUUAUGUUUAACAGGUAAUCAUAUUCAUCCUUCAGAUCACAUAAUUUUACAUACUUUCUUCUUAUCAGUCAAACAAAAUCUGUGGUAGCUUUUCAUGCUGUGUUUAAUGUUACAAAUACAAUGAUCAGAAACACUUGAUGAUUUAGUAAAUUCAUUAAACAACCUCUUUGUGCGGGUUAACUGCAAUCAUUCAAUUUGUGAACUCACAUGAAAUAAAACAAUAUUUGCUCUA